AUGGAGAAACCGGCGAGGAAGAAACGACUGGCUCCACGUUCGCGCUCGGGUUGUCUCCCUUGUCGAAUUCAUCACCGGAAAUGCGACGAACAACGCCCGAUCUGUGGCUUAUGCCACAAAAGCCAGCGGGACUGCGAAUAUGGCCUAAGAGUCUCAUGGGGAGGCAGGCCCUUUCAUAAAUCUUCCUUUGGACAGUAUCUAUCAAGCCAAAGCACUCGGAUUGGCCGUAUCGGCUCGCGCGCUGGCGGACAGGGACAAGGCGCACUGACGAAUAGCCACCUAGUUGAUACCAGGAACAAGGCGCAGUUUGUGUACGGGUUUGUGCAGCCGAAAGAGCCUCCAAAGUGUGCAACAGAAACCCGGAAGGCCCUGGCCAUUCAACAGCAAACCCCGAUGCCGCUCACGACCGCGAGGCCGUCCUUCUUACCUGAUCUUCCGCCGCCGUACCGGGUGCUCUUUGAUUACUUCACACGAGUUGCCGACUUCUUCUCGUGUGACGAGUCGGUCAAGGUUGAUUUCCAUGCUACCUUCAUGCCAAUAGCAAUCACAACUUCCCAUGUCAUGGCUGCCAUGCUCAACCUUGCUGCUGUGCAUCGGGCCAACUCGGAUGGGAGCCAGGAUGCCAAACAGAUGGCGCAUUUACAAUUGGUCGCGGUUCAGAAACUCCGGGGGAAAUUAGCGAAUCCUUCUGGUUCACCAACUGAGGCCAUUUUGUCGACCAUUCUGCUUUUGUGUUACUCCGAGAUUGUGGCUGGGGGAGGGCCAUCGCAGUCUUGGCGAUUACAUCUGGAAGGAGUAGCUUCCGUAUUGAGCAGUGAAUUGCAAUCAUGGAAUAUGGAAUCAUCAGGGGCUACGAGGGUAUUCCUUGCAAAGUGUUUUGUGUCUCUUGUCGCUCUCGCGAAUGGUUCUGGGUACCCCCCUUCCGAAGCUGUGUCGCAACUCGCGAUGAAACUAGCCACCAGCAACAAUGAGAGAGGUACAAUUGAUGAGUUUACCGCAUACUCCACAGAUUUGGUGCAGAUCCUGAUUGAGCUUGGUACAUUAUUGAGGAAGCGGAAUUUGGGCUUGGAGGAUCUGGAAACUGGCUCUCUGCCAAUGAGGGCUAUGAAUCUUGCCCAGCGACUACACCAGAUGCUUGGUCGAGGAACAGGAAGUCUCGGAGACAGAGCUUCCAAUCAACUGUCUUCUGCUCGAAGAAAUGAGUAUAUCCGUGUGGACGAAGCAUAUCAUCAAGCACUUUUGAUUCACAUUCAUCAGCGCCUACGUGGACUGCCGGCUUCUUCAGGUGAAAUCCAAGUCAUUGUACGGAGGCUACUGAAUCUUGUAUCCUCUAUCGAGCUUCAUGAAGGGCCUUGUCCGGGAACUGUGCUUCUGUUUCCCCUCUUCUCUGCUGGCAUCGGUGCAGUACAUUCAGAAGAUCGACAACGGAUUCGGGAUCUGCUGACAGGAAUGAUGGGCAAAUUUGGUCUUGGUAAUGUCCAGCAGAGCCUUAAGCUGUUGGAUGCUCUGUGGUUGCAUAGAGAUGCGCACGGCGAGUCAGAGAUGAAUGUCACAUGGGAAGGGUUCAUUGAUGAGAACACGGACCUUAUUCUAUAUUGA